GAACCUAUUGGCCUCAGAGAAGUCCCAAUCCUGAGGGACCCCAGAACAUGUCCAUGGUGUCCCAGUUCCCCAGUCUCAGACCUGGGGGUGGCCCAAACUCUAUUCCAGCCCCAGCUGUCUUCUGUCACGUGAAACCCCAAGAGAAGAGAUGGCUGGACCCUGGUCAGAAGGCCAAGGGCAGACCCGCAGAGCACUGUCUGGGCGCCACCCUCCAGCCCUUCUCUUGUUUUGGAGAAAUGGAGCAGACACCAUCCUGUGCUUGGGUACCACCGAGUCCAGCAGGGUGGAGGAGACCUGUUUCCCUAGCAGUGAUCUUGCCCAAAAACUUCUCCUGGCUUUAUAAAGAGCUGUGAACCCUCCUCUGAGGGAUAAACAGCAGCUGGUGGGGAGGGUUUUUUUCCUGUCAGGGGAGGGUAAACAUAAACCUCAACCUAUACCAUUUUUAUAAAAUGAUUUCAAAGGCAGGAGUUCCCUGGAGGCUCCGUGGGUUAAGGGUCUGGACGUUGUCACUGUCCCUGGCCUAGGAACUUCCGCAUGCCGUGGGCACAACUUAAAAAAAAAAAAAAAAAAAAGAUUUCAAAGGCAAGAGGUGUGUGUGUUGGGAUAGGGGGAGACUUAAUUAAGAUAAGCUGUGGGCUGCUGCUCUUCACUCUCAUUCCUGCCUGAGGACCCAGGUUUCUAGCCCAGCCAGCCAUCAGCGCUGUGAGCAUUCUGGCCCCACCCUGAGUGGUCCCCAGUGACGUGCGGGGCGCUGGUCCUCAGGAACCCCCACUGAAGCAAUCCCAAACUAAACACCACAGGGGUGUUCUGGACUGAGAACUUUCCCCACAAAUGAUACCCACAGGGGGCAUUUAGAACGAGAGGCUGCACAGAAUUGCCCCCAUCUGGGAGACUGAAAGACAACCCUGUGGAAAGGGCCUGGCCCCUGAGCUCCCCAAGGGGAAUCAGGUCAUCCGAGAGACCCUUCGGAGGAACGCGGCAGCUUCCACCGCCCGACCCCUUCAGGCUCCAGAGGGUCCCCCCCCACCCUCCCUCCCCUUUGCUGCCAUCCUAUAGUGGCGCCUGCUGCAGCCCUCCCUGGUUGCUUUAUUUAUUUAUUUUGCACCAACGGGGUUGCUGCAGACUCAUUCUUGCCUGGUUUAAAAAGAGAGAGACGGGAAAAAAAAAAAAAAAAAAAAAAAAAAAAGGAGAAAUGCUUUCUGGCUCUUUUCUCUACCUCCGUCUUGGCAGCAGCGGCCACAGCAGCAACAGCAGCAGCGGCAGCAGGGCAGGCGGCAGGCAGGCGGGCAGCGGGGAGUGAGGCACACAGGGGAGGCGUGGGGCUGAGGUGCAGCUCGAUAGGACGGGCCCCCUGCCCUGGACAGAUGCAGUGCCCAACUUGAUGCCACCCUCCAGCCUCUCUGGAUUGAAGAGGGGAUGGCUGUGGCCACAGUUCCAAAGCACGCCUGGCCCCCGUGGCCCCCCCUCCUUUUCCUGCUCCUCUUGCCUGCGGGGAGCAGCGGAGGCUGCCCUGCUGUGUGUGACUGCACCUCCCAACCCCGGGCAGUGCUCUGUGCUCACCGACGACUGGAGGCUGUACCGGGGGGACUCCCGCUGGACACCGAGCUUCUCGACCUGAGUGGGAACCGCCUGUGGGGGCUUCAGCGGGGAAUGCUCUCCCGCCUGGGGCUUCUCCGGGAACUGGACCUCAGCUACAACCAGCUGUCCACCCUGGAGCCGGGGGCCUUCCAGGGCCUGCAGAGCCUACUCACCCUGAGGAUGCAGGGCAACCGGCUGCGAAUCAUGGGGCCUGGGGUCUUCUCAGGCCUGUCCGCCCUCACGCUGCUGGACCUCCGCCUCAACCAGCUCGUCCUCUUCCUCGACGGAGCUUUCAGGGAGCUAGGCAGCCUCCAGCAGCUGGAAGUGGGGGACAACCACCUGGUGUUUGUGGCUCCGGGAGCCUUUGCAGGGCUGGCCAAGCUGAGCACCCUCACCCUGGAACGCUGCAACCUCAGCACCGUGCCUGGCCUGGCCCUGGCCCGCCUCCCCGCACUAGUAGCCCUAAGGCUCCGAGAACUAGAUAUUGAGAGGCUGCCAGCAGGGGCGCUACAGGGCCUGGGACAGCUGAAGGAGCUGGAGAUCCACCACUGGCCAUCUCUGGAGGCUCUGGAGCCUGGGAGUCUGGCUGGGCUCAAUCUCAGCAGCCUGGCCAUCACCCGCUGCAAUCUGAGCUCUGUGCCCUUCCAAGCACUGCACCACCUGAGCUUCCUCAGGGUCCUGGAUCUCUCUCAGAACCCCAUCUCAGCCAUCCCGGCCCGGAGGCUCAGUGCCCUGGUGCGACUCCAGGAGCUCCGACUGUCGGGGGCCUGCCUCACCUCUAUCGCUGCCCACGCCUUCCAUGGCCUGACUGCUUUCCACCUCCUGGACGUGGCGGAUAACGCCCUACAGACACUGGAAGAAACAGCCUUUCCUUCUCCAAACAAGCUGGUCACCCUGAGGCUGUCUGGUAACCCCCUGACCUGUGACUGCCGCCUCCUCUGGCUGCUCCGGCUCCGCCGCCGCCUGGACUUUGGCACCACCCCCCCUGCCUGUGCUGGCCCACAGCACGUCCAGGGGAAGAGCCUGAGGGAGUUUUCAGAUAUCUUACCUCCAGGGCACUUCACUUGUCAACCAGCCCUUAUCCGCAAGUCCGGGCCAAGGUGGGUCAUUGCGGAGGAGGGGGGGCAUGCUGUUUUCUCCUGCUCUGGAGACGGUGACCCAGCCCCCACUAUCUCCUGGAUGAGGCCUCAGGGGGCUUGGCUAGGAAGGGCUGGGAGAGUAAGGGUCCUGCAGGACGGGACGCUGGAGAUCCGCUCUGUGCAGCUGCGGGAUAGAGGGGCCUACGUCUGUGUGGUCAGCAACGUAGCAGGAAAUGACUCCCUGAGGACCUGGCUGGAAGUAAUCCAAGUUGAACCCCCAAAUGGCACUCUCUCUGACCCCAACAUCACCAUGCCAGGGAUCCCAGGGCCUUUCUUCCUGGAUAGCAGAGGUGUAGCUAUGGUCUUGGCAGUCGGCUUCCUCCCCUUCCUCACCUCGGUAACCCUCUGCUUUGGCCUCAUCGCCCUCUGGAGCAAGGGCAAAGGUCAGGUCAAACAUCAUAUGACUUUUGACUUUGUGGCACCUCGUACCUCUGGGGAUAAGAACUCUGGGGGUAACCGUGUCACUGCCAAGCUCUUCUGACCCUUCCUUCUGCACUGGGGACCCAUCCAAGCCAGCUUCAGAUACCACGGGGGAAUAGAACCAAGGCUGCUUGGACCAGAACCUCGUCCUGAACAGCACAGAUCUCCCAUGGCUCCUGCCUGCACCACGCCAGCAGCUAAUGCUGCCUCCUGAAAGUCGGUCUCCUCGGGCUUUUGUAGUUUGAGGAUAGCGUUGUCAUCUCUCCCCUGAGGGUACCAGGAAGCUGAAGAUGUAGCCCCUGUAGUUACAUGGCCCUCCCCUCACCACACACAAAGCAGGAAACACAACCCUCCAAUCUGCUAGCCUAAGCUCCAGGCUUUCUUCACACACUCACACAUACCCUUAACAACCACACCAGCUGCCAACCACAGCUAUGAGUUUAUUUCUGAAGUGGGGCUGGGACAUGCCACUUGCUUCUUGGAGUCUCUGCUCCUCAACCGGGCCCUCUCCUUCUUGCUUUCUGCUGUCCUCUCCCUGGGCACAAGGAACUAGGGCCAAGGCCCUCAGGCAGGAGAAGUGGAUGUGAGCCUGGGACAGGGGAGGACAGACUUCCCACUGACACUGGUCUGCAUGAGCACCCUCCCGCCCCUGCCUCUGUCCGUCACAUCAUUAAACCUGCUGCCAAAAGGCCAUGACAGUAGCAGCCACAACUGAAGGUGCUCUCUGGCGUUUUCUUUACUUCAGUCUUUUCCACCCCUCAUUUCUGUCAGAUCCCCCCCUUCCUAUUCUGACUCUGCCCACUGAGCAUGUAGCCCACUGGCCUGGGCUGGAUCUAAUGAGCCUGACAACCCGGGGUUUGUGAAAAAGGCUGCUCAUCAUGCCUGGAGGGAGCAGCACUCCCAGCCCAUUUCCGUGUCAACCCUUCCACACAUUCUGCAUCUCUGGAGUUGGAGGAGAGAUCCUCCACCUUCCAAGGGAUCCCUCUGCAGAAAUUCUGACCCAGGACACCCAGCCACUUCCCUUCGUUCUCAUUCUGGUUGUAAUCUCCCAACCAUUCCUAUAUCCCAGACCCCUAGUGCCCUUCAGGGAAAGCCAGAAACUUCCUAGAAAAUGACUAACAAAAGGAAGCCUCCGCAGCUAUCAAAGGAGAGAGACCCAGAGCACGGCAGGACUAGGUUUGAAAGGAGGAGGGCAGGAGGGGCACCACCGCCAGUGGUAGAGAAAAGUGGAGUGAAGGAGCAGCAGGAGCUGUCCGCCUUUCCACUAUCCUUCGGCAGUUUCCCCUUGCUCCGUGCUUAGUGCAGCCCCAGCGGGAAGCUCUCUCUGGAUAGAGGUCACUGUGUUUCGGAGACCCAAGAUGCAGAGACGGAGUGGGAGGAGACGCUGACUGCCUCUGAGUGUGCUUCAGAGAGGGCAAAGCAGAGCCAGAAAAAGUAGAGAUGCUCAAGGGACAGCGCAGCAGCCUCAGCAUCAUUGAAAGGGGAGGAGUGAAGGGAAAGGAAAGGAGCAGGGAGGCGGACCGAGAACUGGAGAGUCACGAGGUCUUGGGGAGACUGUCUCUCUCUCUUUGCAGCAGCAUCUGCUCAGCGUCCUUAGUUCCCCUCCACUCUCAAGAGCCCCCACCCACCUCUCACCCCCCAAAAUACGCAAGCAUCAUCAGCUUCCUAGCCAUUCCUGCUGCUGCUGUCCUUGCUCUGAAAAGACUGCACUCACUGGAAGAUUCCCAGCCCAAACUGUCCCUGAAGGUGAAGGAGCUGGUGCCCCACUGUAAAGAGGCAGCCCGACUUCACCAGCAGGCAAGCUCUUCAUUCUUCAGAAUGCCAGUCACACAUAUUUCAAAUUUUCAAUGGGGCAGAGGUGGGAAUAAGGGGUGGAGGUGGGGGCAGGGAGAGGUGGCCAGAGGUGAACGUGAGAACCUGCCAGCUUGGAGAAUGAGGCUGGAAGAAUCCCAUAAUCUUAAAUAUCCCGGAGCCUCCAAGCCUUCCCCCCACCGUGCACACACAAUUCUCUUCGCACUGCAGCAGCCUCCCCUCUCCAGUUUACAAGACAUCAGAAUGGUAUCCUCAGGACACUGCCCUCCCUUCUCUCCAAAAUCUUCACCAACAGUUUAUUAGGUUGGGACUUGGGGGUCAGGUGCUAGAGAUUCUAGUUGCCCACACUGCAAUGCAGCACUGCUGUUCAGAGAAAUCUUUUCUGGGAAGCCCCCUGAGCUGGGCAGGGGGGGGAAGCAGAUGACGUGGCCCCCAGAGCAGAAUGCCAGUCACACAUAUUUCAAAUUUUCUAGUAUCACGUUAAAAAAGUAAACAAAACAGAUACUAUGCAUUUUAAUACUAUAUUUUAUUUCACCCAAUGUACCCAAACUAUUCCAACACGUUAUCAGGAUAAAAAUGGAUAAUGAAAUAUUUUACAUUUUUGUCAUAUUAGAUAUUGAAAUCCGGUGUAGAUUUUACCUUUACAGCAAUUCCAAUUUGAUAACUAAAUCUUCACCAGAAAUAUCUGAUCUGUAUUUAAGUCUCACAAAAUUCACUGUUGAAAGUCAAUUCACACACCCAGCUUUCUCCAAUUAUAUUAAAACUUUGCCAAUAACUAAAUCAAGUACUGGUUUUAACAUUUAAAUUAAUUAAAAUUUAGGAGUUCCCAUCAUGGCUCAGCAGAAACAAAUCUGACUAGUAUCCAUGAGGACAUGGGUUUGAUCCCUGGGCUCGCUCAGUGGGUUAAGGGUCUGGCGUGAGCUGUGGUAUAGGUCAAAGAGGAGGCUCAGAUCUGGCGUCGCUUGGCUACAGCUCCAAUUAGACCCCUAGUCUAGGAAUCUCCAAAUGCUACAGGUAUGGCCCUUUAAAAAAAAAGGGCAAAAAUAAAUAAAUUAAUUAGUUAAUUAAAUAAAAUAAAAUAAAAUUAAAAUUCCACUCCUAGGUCACACGGGCUAUCUUUCAACUGCUCCAUAACCACAUGUGGCCGGUGGCUACCAUACUAGACGGCACAGCUCCAGACACCAUAACUCUGGGUGUACACCAGGACCUCCUUGGCAGAGGUGUGCAAAGUAUCCCUAAGAUGCACAUUCAACCUAGAGGAAAUGCCUGUGGGAUUUCCCCACCAGCCCUUGCUCUCCUAACACUGCCUUUCCAGAACACCUUCAAGUUACCAUAACAAGGUUACUAUGACUUAGUACUUAAACAGCUUGUCCAAUCAUCAACAAGCCAGCCCCUUACCUCCACUGUCUGGAAAGGCUGCCUGUAGCUCAGGGGUGUGUGUAUGUGUCAACAUGUGUGCGCCUGCAACCGGGGACAGCGGUGGGUGAUGUGUGCACAUGUGCAGGGAUGUUAUGGUCCCCAUGGAAGGCAAUCCAAUGGCAGCUUCAGAGGUCAGGGGUGGGGGCGGAGAGAGUCAUGGAGAGAGAAGAAAAAUAACAUCUGCUGAGGGCCUAUUCUGUGUCAGUGGAUAUAUAGAGAUAGAUAAAGAUAUAGGUCUGAUAUAGAGCUGAUAUUUAUAUUUUUUGUUCUUAUUUCAUCCUUACAUCCACCCUAUUAAGACAGGGAUUCUUGGCUGAUGGAACUAAAGGUCAAAUAGAUUAAGCAACUUGUUCAAGUACACAGAGCUAGUUAGUAAGAGAGCUGCUGCUGAACUCAGGGCUGUCUAACUUAAAACCCAAAUGCUUUUCCACCACAGUGCCACACUGCUCCAGUCGCUGUCUGCUCUUUUAACCCCCUCUCCCAGGGCCUCUCAGCUGUAGAAAUUGGCUUGUGAGGAAGGUAAAAUCCACUCUGAACAAUUCUUUUAAGGGGAACUGGGGUCAGUUCAGUAACUCUAAUGCACCUGAUUUAGGAAGCUGAGGAUUAGUUGUUGGUUUUUCAUCUUUCUUCUCAGUUUCCUCUCCCAACAUCCUUGCCUCUGCCCCAGGGACCAGCAGACAUUUCAGAAAUCAGAUGAACUGAAAUGCCUGGCUGCCAGCAACACAGCCUCUCAUGAUUAAAAAUGGCAGCUUCAGGGACUUCCCGUGGUGGUGCAGUGGUUAACAAAUCCAACAAGGAACCAUGAGGUUGUGGGUUCAAUCCCUGGCCCCGCUCAGUGGGUUAAGGAUCUGGCGUUGCUGUGAGCUGUGGUGUGGAUCGCAGACGCGGCACAGAUCCUGGGUGGCCGUGGCCCUGGCAAAGACUGGCAUCUACAGCUCCGAUUAGACCCUUAGCCUGGGAACCUCCAUAUGCUGCAGGCACGGCCCUAAAAAGACACACACACAAAAAGGCAGCUCCAGAUUUCCGAGGUUUUUUCCUAGGUUCUAACCACAACAACCUCUCCGGUUAUAGAGAGCCUGGCUCAGGAAUUUCCAGUAUGGUGGGACAAUCAGUGAGCUGCUUCAGAUUCAAGGAGAAUUCGUCUCUGCCCUCCCUCUGCCUAUUCCUGCCCGAGAGCACCUUCCUGAGGUCAUCCCAACCCAACCUCUCCCUACCCCUCCUCUCUUCCAUUUCAGACACGAUCUUAUCUAAGAGAAGUCUGCACUCAAAGAUACUCUGGCCAGUGUUUCAGCACACCCCAUUUUGGCCCCUGAUAUAUAUUAUAAUUUCCCCAUGUCCUCUCCUAGGCUGGUUCCCUUAUACAAGAGAGGAGCACGAUGCAAGGCAAUGAGUCACAGACCCUCUGAGAAUAUCUGGUGCAAGUAAUGAACAAAAAUGCUCAGAGGAGUUCCCACUAUGGCACAAUGGGUUAAGAAUUGACUGCAGGAGUUCCUGCUGUGCCUCAGUGGUAAUGAACCUGACUAGUAUCCACGAAGACACAAGUUGGAUCCCUGGCCUCACUCACUGGGUUAAGGACCCAGCAUUGCCACAAGCUGUAGUGUAGGUUGCAGAAGUGGCUUGGAUCCUGAGCUGCUGUGGCUAUGGCUGUGGUUGUGGUGUAGGUCAGCAGCUACAGCUCUGAUUUGACCCCUUGCCUGGGAACUUCCAUAUGCCACAGAUGAGGCCCUAAAAAAAAAAAGCAAAUGAAAAAGAAUCUGACUGCAGUAGUUUGGGUUACUGUAGUGGCACAGGUUCAAUCCCUGGCCUGGCGCAGUGGGUUAAAGGAUCCAGCAUUACUGCAGCUGUGGCACAAGUCACAGCUGCAGCUUGGAUUCAGUCUCUGGUCCAGGAACUUCCAUAUGCCUUGAGUGAGGCUAUUUAAAAAACAAAAACAAAAACAAACAAACAAACAAAAAACUUGUAGGACCUCUGCUGUGAAAAGCCUCAAGUGGCAGGAAGAAAGCUGAAGGCUUAGGCACCCAUGCUCUCCAGGGACCAUUAGCGACAAAGCGAAAAGGCUGCAAAGGACUAUGGUGUGAGGUAGAUAACUGCACAGGUAAGAGCAAAUGGUAGAUGGACCCUGUGAGAAAACACAUUGUUGCCUCCAGCUUCUCCCCUCCCCAUCCCCUUUCUCCCCACAGCAUCCACCUCUCAGAGAGGCAGGAGACUUUGCAGAGGACUUUUACUCUAAGAGGCGAGUGUGGUGGUGAUUCAGGCUGGAGAGCAUCUGAGAUCUGGGAUUCCUGAGUCUUCUUCAAACUUCAAAUUCCCCUAUGUAAAGGGGAGUUAAGCUGGAUGGUGGCAGCUGGAGAGGCUGAGGAGAAUGUUUCUUUCCUAGGACACCUGCCACAAUUUGUCAAUCUAAUCUAAAGACUGAGGAGUAGCACCAGCAUGAUUUCUGAGAUGAAGGCCCAUGCUCCGGUUGGUUUCUGGUGAAGAGCCUUGAGUGAUGGGGCAAGAAAGGGGUGAUUCUUUCAAUGGGCAAAGGGAGUGUGCUGUUUUUCAAAACCUCAGAUAGCUGAGUGCUAUUUGAAUGGAUUGUCUGCAGACUGUCAAGAAAGGGGACUCUAAGCAGUCAAGGCUCUGGAACCAGGCUACUGUUUUUGAGAACCCCUCACUACCCAACCAUCUAGCUCACGUCUACUUUCCUGCUUUGACUUAUUGAGUGAAAACACCUGCCCACUGGGCUGGUUGGGCAAUCAACACUUCACGUUAACUGGUUUCAUCUACUGCCACCUGCAUCUCGUUCAGGACAACCUUCCAGGAAACAGAAUGGACUCUUCAGAAUUGGAGAUAAGAAUAAAGAAAUCACGAUUCACCCAAUCCCAGCCUCUCACAACUCAAUCUUUUAAUCCUGGUUUGGGCUCUUAGAGGGUAAAUGAGAUGACAAAUCCCAAGUGCACAGUGGCUUGAGAGUGAGUUUGGAAUCAUCUCAUCUAAAGUUAUCCCUUCUACUCCCCAAUCUCCCUACCCAACCAUUUAGAGUCAACCCUUCUUCAAAAAAUCUCCAGGAAAAGUGAUUACAUCCAGCUUUUCACUGCUCUCGUUAAGAAAUUACUGCUAUGGUUUAAUUUUUAAUUUUUAACCCCUUUUUGGACUACCACUUUAUUUCCUCUCUUGUGCCCCUCACCUCCCAUCCCCAUUAGAGCUGGAAGAUGAACCUGUAAAAUAGGCCUGUGCUUUUUAGAGCAACAAUGGACAUUCUUCCUUGAGUCUGAACUAUUCUUUUACAUUUUUAAAAGUAAAAAAAAAAAAAAACUUGGAGUUCCUGUUGUAGCUCAGUGGUAACAAAUCCGACUAGUAUCCAUGAAGACACAGGUUCAAUCCCUAGCCUCACUCAGUCAGUUAAGGAUCCAGCACUGCCAUGAGCUGUGGUGUAGGUCACAGACGCGGCUUGGAUCUGGUGUUGCUGUGGCAUAGACUAAUAGCUGCAGCUCCAAUUCAACCUAUAGCCUGGGAACUUCUAUAUGCUGCAGGUUAAGCCCUAAAAAGCAAAUAAAUAAAUAAAGUAAAAAUAACUAUAGCAAUCAAGACACUCAAAUACUAGAAAUAAUCUUUAAAGGGAAUAUAUAAAUUUUAUAUGACAAAAACUUAAAAAUGUUACUGAUAGGACAUGACUUUAACAUGUUUAUAAGAAGAUUCUCUAUCAUAAAUAGAAUUCUCCCUUAUGUGAUGCAAAAAUAUUUGAUUCCAUUAACAGUUAUAAUCAAAAAGUAAAUUGUGGUAUAUUCCCACAAUAUAAUACUACCCAGUAAUGAGCAUGAAUGGACUAAAACUACACAUAGCAAUAUGGCUGAAUGUCACAAAAAUAAUGUUGAACAAAAGAAGCCAGACACAAGUUCCUUUGUGGUGCAGCGGGUUAAGGAUCCAGCAUUGUCACUACAGCUUCUGUGGUACAGGUUUGAUCCCUGGGCCAAGAACUUCCAACAUGCUGUGGGUGAGGGCAAAAAAAAAAAAGAAGAAGCCUGACACAAAAGAGUACAUACUGUGUAAUUCUCUUUACAGAAAAAGCAAAGCAAACAAAACUAGUUUCUACUAUUAGGAAUCAGAAUCAUGUCUACCCUUGAGGGGAGUAGUGACUGGGAAGGGACCAGGACAACUUCAGGUGCCCUGAUAAGUUUUCGUUUUUUUUUUUUUUUUUAAUCUGGGUGUUGAUUAUACAAAUACGGGUUCCCUAUUUUGGGAGGGGCCACACUGGUAGCAUGAAGAAGUUCCCAGGCCAGGGAUCCAACCUAUGUUAUAGCAGUGACCCAAGCUGCUGCACUGAUAAUGCUGGAUGCUUAACCCACUGUGCCACCAGGGAACUCCAAAAGUGCUGCAUUUUUGAAAAUUCACCAACAUGUAUGCUUUUCAUUUGUGCACUUUUCUGUGUGUGUGUGUGUGUAUAUAUGUGUAUAUAUAUAUAUAUACAUAACAUAAAUUUCUUCAUUGUGGUAAAAAAAAAAAAACCACAUGUACCUCAAUUUUAAAAAACAGUACAAUACAUAGAGAGAUGAAAGGAAUGUGAAAAACCCAGAAACACACCCAAAUAUAUAUCACGAUUUGGAUCUUAUAAAAGUACCAUUCAAAAACAAUAGAGGAAAUACAGGUUAUUCAAUAAGGGUUGGAUAAAACAAAACAAAAUAAAAUUUGAAUCUCUAUCUCACACUUUCACACCAAAAUAAACUCCAAGUGAAUCAAAUAUUUGCAUAUUCAAAAAGAUACUAUAAAGUAUUUACAGAAAACAUAGGAUAAUUUUUAAUAAUUUUAGGUAGUAGGAGGCUUUUCUAAAUAUGAACCCAGAGGUUAUCAAAGAAAAUACUGACAAGUUCAACUGCAUAAAAAUAAAAAAUACUUGCAUAGCAAAAAAAGUUACCAUAAACAAAGUAAAAAGACAGGGCAAACUGGGAAAAGGGAAGAAUAUUUUUAACUUAUACAUGAAGAAAAAGCAAAUAUUAAAAGACCUGAUAUCCUUUAAAAAUGAACUAUAUGAACAAUUUACAGAAAAAUAGAAUAGCCACUUAAACAUGUUAAAAGACGCUCAACCUUAUAAGAAAACAAAAAAUAAAAGAGUAGUAAGAUGCCACUUACAUCUCAGACUGUCAAAAAUCAAAGUUUGAUAACAGGCUAUAUAAAUUCACUGAUGGGAGAGAAAAUUGGCAAAAAGAAACAAAUAAAAAAAAACCAAAACAAACACCUCCAUGGAAGGCAAAUUUGGCAAUGCUAUACUUAGCAAAAUCCUUUUCAAAUAUCGUUGGUGUUAUGGAAAUGAGAAAAAUCUUUAUGGGAGAAUUUGUGAAAUUGUAUCUAUCCAAAUAAAAAAACAAUGCAUGUACUGCUCAGACUUAGUAUUUGCAGCCCUAAAUAUUUAUUGUACAAGAACCAAAUGAAAUAUACUUGCAUAUUGAUAUAAUAUUAAAAGGUCUGGCUGAAUACAUCUUAAUAUAUCCUCCAGGUUUACCAUGAAGCAUAACCGUGAAGCAGAUACCUAUGUGCUGCUAUGGAAAGAUAUCAAGACUAUAUAAAAGGAAAUUGCAAGGCAGUAAUUUAUAACAUGUUACUAACUGGGUAAUAUAUACAAAUUAUUUAAUAUAUGCAUGUUUACUAUAGAAUAUCUUGUGAAAAAUCCACAAGAAUCUGGUAAAACUGGUUACCUCCUAGGGAAGAGAGAUCUUUUAUUCCUUUGUAGAAUGUGUAUGUAUCACUUAUUUAAAAAAGCUAUAUAUUUUUAAAACUAAUACAAAACGAAAAACUGAGGCCCAAUGGCAUCUCCUUAGCUGACCAAAGGAAAAAUCUUGCGUUCAUUCAACAAACAUGUACUGCGUGCUUAUCAUGCGACAGGCAUUGUGACAGAAGCUGGUGCCACAUUACAAGGAGCGUUCAACCCCUCCCCGGUGCCCAGGGUGAGCCCCUAGUGCGGGGAGGGGACUGGAGGCGGGGAGCGGCCAGGGUUUGACUCGCGAGGCUCCAAGCCGGGCGAGUCGUUAGCACGGCCCAACCGUCUCUAACGGUCCAGGGACCCAGACCUCAGCUGGAAUGCACUCUUCCAAAGCAAACCGCCGCCUGCAGAAACCCACCCCCUUUGUCGCCGCCACAGAAACAGCACCCCAAAUUGUGCCUUCGCGCUUGUCUCCCUUUACCCCAGGGAAAGGUGGGCCCCCAACUCCCGCACUAACCACAGCUCCCUUACCACCAGAUGCCCCGAACUUGGGUCCCUCUUCAUCUCUCCCGCCACCAUGUUGGUCCUCCUCGUCUGUUCAUUCCUCGGCAGAGAAACAGAGUGGGCCCUCACUCUCUGCCACGCAGUUCCUUCUUGGCUUUUUUCCAGCUCUACGAAGCCUAUUCAAUGUUUUCCCCAAAAAAUGUUUCCACGCCUCCAGAGUCCCUGUCAUGGUAUGGGGACAGAUCGAGGCAAAAGAUCGCAGAAGAAACAGGUAGCGGAGCAUCGCCCAUCAGAAGGUGGCAUCCCAAUGGUUUGGGUUGAGGGGUGGCACUGGCUUUAUACAAAGACACUAAUGUGCGAACAGUGAUACGAGUGAGUGAUUCCACACCCUCGCACCUUGGGAGCCCUGAUUUUUCCUGCAGGCUUGGUUGGUGGAAGUCCCCCGGGUAAUUGGCCUGGAGAUGGACUGAGAGUACUCCGCGAACCUCUAAUAGGCUGUUUAAUACUCAGCAGGUGGCAUCUCAAUUUAACGAAGCCUCCUUUCCCUGUA